CCAGCUCGCCGGAAAACAGGGUAUCUCCAGCUCGACGGAAAAUAGGGUAUGUCCAGUUGCGUUAAUAGAGGUAACCUAUAUUUCUGAAGUUCAGAAAUGAAAAUUUCAAAUUGCACUGUUCAAGUUUAUAGGUAUUGAGUUGUUCUUCACAUGUCGACUCAAAAGUUUUACCAACGGGUAAAACAACGUUUUCCCAAGAGACCCAUUAAAGAAAUUGCCAAAUUAAUCUCCCUCUUUCCCCCUUCCCCUUCCCCUUCUUCUUGCUCAAAUUUCUUCAAUUUCAAGCAAAGUCCCAAUCUUGAAACCCAUUUAGCCUUGGUUGUGGACUUGUUAAAAUCCAAGGAGUUUGCUGAAGCCGAGAAUAUAUUGAAUGCUGUUGUUGUUACUGAUGGUUUGAGGAAACCAGUUUCAAAAUUAGCUUCUUUGUUGAGUGAGAAUCAUGUAAAGCGUAAGGUUAUGGGGAAGAUGUUUAAUAUGUUAUUUAGUGUUUAUGUUAAUAACAUGAGGUUUAAUGAAGCUCUACAAGUUUUUGAUUAUAUGAAAAAAGGGUGCUUUAGAAUUGAUGAUAGAGCUUGUAUGGCUUACUUGCUUGCUAUGAAAAGGCAAAGGCAAUAUGACUCGCUGUUCGAGUUUUUCCAUAAGAUGGUUGAGUUUAAUGUGAAAAUUACAGUUUAUUCGAUGACGGUGGUAGUUGACGGAUUGUGUAAAAUGGGGGAGGUUUGUGAGGCUAGAAAGCUCGUGGAUGAAAUGGCUAGUAAAGGGGUGAAACCAAGUGAUUACACGUAUAACAUAUUGUUACAAGCAUAUAUGAAGAUACAAGAUUUUGUGGCUGUAAUGGAGGUUUUGAGGAAAAUGGAGAAGGAUGGUUUUGAUCUCAAUAUGACUAGUUAUACACUUCUGAUUAAAGGAUAUUCAACUUUUGGCGAUCUUGUAGAGGUUGAGAGGUUGUUUAAGGAAAUAGAAGAGAAGGGUAUAGAGCCAAAUGUUCAUUUAUGCACCUCCAUGAUUAGUGGUUAUAGUAAGUUAGGUAAUGUUAUGAAGGCAUUUUCAACGUUUGUUGAAAUGGUGGAGAGAGGCCUCAUUCCUGAUGGUCACACAUAUGGAGCUUUGAUAAAUGGCUUCUGCAAGGCUGGACUAAUGCAAGGAGCUGAAGUUUUGCUAAAUGAGAUGCAAGGCAAGCGCAUUAGCAUAGACCGGGUCAUAUUUAAUACAAUGAUGGAUGGUUACUGUAAGCAGGGUAAUGUGGAUGAAGCACUGAGGCUACAGACAAUUAUGGAGGGUGAAGGACAUCAGCCUGAUGCAAAUGCUUACAAUAUAAUUGCUACGGGCCUGCGUAAGCUAGAAUUGUAUGAUGAAGCAAAAAUGGUGUUGCUCUCAAUGGUGGAUCGAGGUGUAGCUCCAGAUACAGUUAGUUAUACAACUUUGAUUGAUAUUUAUUGCAAGCAGGGAAAUUUUGUGGAAGCAAAAAGGGCACUUAUUGAGAUGGAAACUAAGGGACUUAAGCCUAACACGGCAACAUACACUACACUGGUAGAUGGUUAUUGCAAGCUGGGAAAAAUUGUUGACGCGAAAAGGAUACUUAGGGUGAUGGAAACUGAGGGAGUUAAGCCUAACACAACAACAAACAGUGCCUGUGCCCUGACAGACGGUUAUUGCAAGCAGGGAGAUUUCAUUGAAGCAAAAACUGUAUUUAGUGAGAUUGGAACUAAGGGAGUUAAGCCUAACACAGUAACGUACACUGCCCUGAUAGAUGGUUAUUGCAAGGUGCGAAAUCCUGCUAAAGCUGAAAAGGUACUUAUUGAGAUGGAAACUAAGGGAGUUAAGCCUAACACGGUAACGUACACUGCACUGAUAGAUGGUUGUUGCAAGGUGGGAAAUAUUGCUAAAGCAAUAAAGAUACUUAUUGAGAUGGAAACUAAGGGAGUGAAGCCUAACACUGUAACGUACACUGCCCUGAUAGAUGGUUGUUGCAAGGUGGGAAAUAUUGCUAAAGCAAUAAAGGUACUUCUUGAGAUGGAAAAUAAGGGAGUUAAGCCUAACGCAAUUACUUACAAUGCCCAAGAUGGUUAUUGUAAGAAAGGUACGAUGAAAGAAGGAAAAGCAGAUGCUGCUUUGAAGCUUUUCAUCGAGAUUAUUACACAGUUUAAAUUGCUCCAGUAUGCUCUCUUUUACACCUUUCUAUCUACAGUACCUUCAAAGACAUUUUCUGGCACUCAUAUAAGGACCAUUUUAGCUGGAUGUGCUCGAUCAUCAGUGGAGUACUGUGAACUGACGCCGUCUUCCCCAGUUACUGAAGAAACAAACCUCGCCGGGAACUGGACUCCGUCACCGGAAAAACAUGUCAUCAGUGUCAUCCUUCCGUCUCAAAUGUCGACUCAAAAGUUUUACCAAACUGCAAAACAACUUUUUUCCAAAAAACCAAGUGAAGAAAUUGCUAAAUUGAUCUCCAAUACUCUGAUAAAUUUCAGUUCUACAAAGAAAAUCCCCCCAUCUCUAACUUCCUACCUUAAUCCCCAAGUAAUCCAUCUUGUUUUUUCAAACCCAUCUUUCUCUACACAAUCUUGUUUAAGUUUCUUCAAAUUUCUCCAAAAAAAUCAAUCUUUCGAAAGACCCAAUCUUGAAUCACAUAUUGCCUUGUUUUUGCGCUUGUUUAAAGCCAGGAAGUUUGCUGAAGCCAAAAGUAUAUUGUAUACUGUUGCUUCGGAUGAUAGUUUAAGGAAACCAAUUUCAGAAAUAGCUUCUCUUUUGGGUGCGAAUCGUGUAGAACACAAAGUUAUGGGGAAGAUGUUUGACAUGUUGUUUAGGGUUUAUGUUGAUAGUAUGAGGUUUAAGGAAGCUCUUGAGGUUUUUGAGUAUAUGAAGAAUGGUGGGUUUGAAAUAGAUGAUAGAUCUUGUAUGGUUUACUUACUUGCUAUGAAAAGGCGAAAACAGUAUGACUCGCUGGUUGAGUUUUUCGAGAUGAUGGUUGAAUUUGAUGUGAGAAUUACGGUGUAUUCUAUGACGAUGGUAAUCGACGGGUUGUGUAAAGUAGGAGAGGUUAGCAAGGCAAGAAAACUCAUGGAUGAAAUGGUUAGUAAAGGGGUGAAACCAAAUGUGUACACUUACAACACAUUAUUAGAUGCUUGUAUGAAGAAGCCAGAUUUUGUGGCUCUGAAGGAGAUUUUGAUGGCUAUGGAGAAAGAGGGGUUGGAUCUUGAUGUGACGAGUUAUACUCUUCUGAUUGACGGGUAUUGUAAUAUUGGCAAUCUUAAAGAGGUUGAGAGGUUGUUUAGGGAAAUAGAAGGGAAAGGCAUAGAGCCAGAUGUUCAUUUAUACACCUCUAUGAUUAGUGGUUGUAGUAAGUUAGGUAACGUCAAAAAAGCGUUUUCAUUGUUUGAUGAAAUGGUGGAGAUGGGUCUUGUUCCGAAUGCUCACACAUAUGGAGCUUUGAUAAAUUGCUUGUGCAAGGCUGGACAGAUGCAAGCUGCUGAAGUUUUACUUAAUGAGAUGCAAAGUAAGGGGAUUGAUAUAGGUCCAGUUAUAUUUAAUACAAUGAUGGAUGGUUACUGUAAGCAAGGUAAUAUAGAUGAAGCAUGGAGGCUGCAAAAAAUUAUGGAGGGCAAAGGGUAUGAAUCUGAUGUAUAUGUUUAUAACAUAAUUGCUACUGGAUUGUGUAAGUUAGAUCGGUGCGAGGAAGCAAAGACGUGGUUGUUCUCAAUGGUGGAUCGAGGUGUAGCUCCAAACGAAGUUGCUCAUACAACUUUGAUCAGUAUUUAUUCUAAGGAAGGAAAUUUUGUUGAAGCAAAAAGGACACUUCGUGAGAUGGAAGCAAAGGGAGUUAAGCCUAAUACGGCAACGUACAAUACCCUGAUAGAUGGUUAUUGCAAGAAGGGUAUGAUGAAGGAAGCAUAUAAGCUAAAGAAUGUUAUGGAAUGUAAAGGCCUGAAACCUGAUCUCUAUACAUACACCUCACUUGUACACGGGGAAUGCAUAUCAGGAAAGGUAGAUGAUGCUCUGAAACUUUUCAACGAGAUGCCUCGAGAAGGUUUAGUUCCAAAUGUGGUGACUUACACAGCAAUGAUUUCUGGCUUAUCGAAAGAGGGCAGAUCAGAUGAAGCCUUCAGAUUAUAUGAUGAGAUGAUAGAGGCAGGACUUACACCUGAUGCUAGCGCAUAUUCUGCUCUCGUGGGCAGUCUUCAUGGUUGACGUUUAUUUAGUAUGUGAAGUUGUUCUAGGAACUUGUAAUCGUAAACAUCAAAAGUAAAUCAAAUUUAGCUAAUUGGAGAUAUAACAGAUUGUUCAAUAUAUCCUCCAGAUGUUUUA